AUGUCAGACCAUGAUAAAAGUAGGCGUCGAAGUAUUGAAAGACAUCGAAGCCGUAGCCGAGAUAGACACAGGAGUAGAGAUCGAGAACACCGAGGACGCAGCAGAGAACGCUAUAGAGAUUCCAGUAGAGAUCGUCAUAGAAAUAUCAGUAGAGAUAAAAAACGACAUGGCAGUAAAGAAAGACAUCGAAGUAGCAGCAGUGAGAGACAGCGAGAUCGACGCUCCGAGAAAAACAAUCGUCACAAUGACGACCACAGUAAACACGAUCGUGACAGAGGACGCAGCUCUUACAAAGAAUUUAGUGGAGGUGGCCUAGGCGGAGGUCUAGGAAGUGGUGGUGGAGGUGGUCCUCGGGGGCGAUACAAACCUCAAGAAGAAGAAUUUCUGGAUGCUCGUAGGGAAGAAAGAGAAAGAAUUGGUGAAAUUGGAGUAUCAUCUGUUUGGGGGAAGUCACCAACGAGACCUGACUCUGAUGAUGAAGAAGAACAACCAAAGAACUCAGAAACUAGUAAAGAGAAAAAAAAGAAGAAAUCUAAAGAUAAAGAUGACACAAAGCGGAAGUUGAAAAAGUUGAAGAAAAAACUUAAAAAAGCAAAAAAAGCUCGUAAAAAAGCAAAGAAAAAAUCUAAAGGUUCUUCAAGCAGUGACAGCAGCAGCAGCAGCAGUGAGGAAGAGAUUUGGGUAGAGAAAGGAAAAGAACAUGAAGUUAGUACAAGUAGAGCUUCAAAGAAAGAUGUUGAAGAUGAGUUAGCUUCUGAAGCAUAUGGACCAGUACCUAGAGUAGGUCCAGCAUUAGGUCACAAGGAUUUUGGUCGAGCACUGCUGCCGGGUGAAGGUGCUGCGAUGGCUGCCUAUGUGGCUGAGGGCAAGAGGAUCCCGAGGAGAGGAGAAAUAGGCCUCACGUCUGAUGAAAUAGCCUCUUAUGAGUCUGUGGGUUAUGUCAUGAGUGGAAGCAGACACCGUCGCAUGGAGGCAGUGCGAAUCCGCAAGGAGAACCAGAUCUACUCGGCGGACGAGAAGCGCGCGCUGGCCGCCUUCAGCAAGGAGGAGCGCGCCAAGCGCGAGAAUGCCAUCCUGGCGCAGUUCCGCGACGUGCUGCAGGCGCGCUCGCAGCGCCGCGACGCCGCC